CUAUUGCUCUCCUCCUCUCGGGAUCAUGGCGGACAAACAAGUUAAAGUGGCUUUGUGGGGUGUACCCCGAACGAUGUCGACAGUGUUUGCGAAAUGCCUGAGCGCCAUUGACGAGAUGGAAGUCUAUUUAGAGCUUUUUGGGUAUUCUAAAACAGUGAGUGACAUGCUCAAAUCGGCGACCGGUCGCGAGUUGCCGAAGAAACUUGAUGGAAAUGAGGCGGUAUACGCAGAAGGUUCAGCACUAUUUCAAGCCGAUAACAAUAGUAUUUUGAUACCGAGAAGAAUUUCAUGCUGUGAUAUCAAACGAGAACUGGAGGCCACCACUAGUAAGUUUGUCUUUGUAAAAGAAAUGUCCUUUACGAAUUACAUAAUGGCGUAUCUACCGAAUGGCUUCAAGCAUGUCUUCCUCAUUAGAGAUCCAACAAAGGUCUACAAGUCCUUGCGGAAAGUAAUGACCGGGAUGUAUCACCAUAGUGAAGACGAUUUGCGCAACGACAUCAUACAAAAUGAUCCAUUAAAAUUACGACCAAUGACGUGGUAUCAGGAACAGCGUCGACUCUGGAAAUACGUCCAACAAAAUCUCGACCCUAACCCAAUCAUCAUCGACGCUACCGAUCUAGCCACCAACCCACGGGGGAUCUUGAAAGGUUUCUGCGAUUCUGUUGGAUUUCCAUACAGCGAUAGCCUCCUGCAGUGGUCCCCGAGUCAUGAGUUCCCGAAGAACUUUGUGACGGCGGGUGAAAACCUCUUCGAGUCCAUGUCUGUGUUUUACUCGGCAGCGUUCAGCAGUACACACUUCGUGGCGCCUACCAUACAGGGACCCUUACCACGUGAUGAGCUGACAGAUGACGUCAUCAAGUGUGUCGACUAUUCUAUGCCGUUUUACCUUGAAAUGUAUGGAGCAAGAAUGCAAGUCUCUUAAUAGUGUCCUAUGUUGGUGCAUUUUAAAAGUUACGAAAGGUUGUUUGUAGCUUAAAGGUCUGGGCCCGUAUUCCAUAAACGAGAUAAGCUUUUUGCUUAAGUCUUAGCAAUUUGUCUAAGCAUUUUGCUUGUCUAAGAAAUCUUCCAUAACGAUAUUCUAUAACUUUAACACAUUUGUCUCAAGUCAGACGAUAUGGCUAGGCCAAAGUCUC